CACGACACGAAGCAGCCGAUCUCCAGGUACAUCACCACCGUCCUGUGCGUCAUGGUGAGUCAGUUCAACCUGUGGUGAGAGCUGCGAGUCGGGAGCGAGGCAAAGGGACCUGGACGAGCUCCCUGCUGAUCUGGAGGCGUCACACCAGCACUUUGGAUGUUUGUCUCAUCUUAUCUUUUCAGGAGGUUUUGCCAACUCAGCAUCCUUCAUGUUCCCAGGACUCAGGUGAGUGAGUCAUUCCACCAGAUUCAGAUUUCACCUCCUCCUCCUCCUUCUCUCUGCUCCUCCUCCUCCUCUUCCUCUCUGCACCUUCCUUUUUAGAUCCCAAAGUGCAGAGAAGUCAUGAAACUGAUUUUCUUCUAUGAGAUGAAGGUGAAAAGUACAGAAAUUACAAUCAAGCAGGGGCAAAAAAUAUUUUAUUAUUAGAAUAUAAUUCUUGUCAUCGUUUGUUCCUGCUGAUUAUUUUCAAAGAUGCAGCCACGUUCCAGUUUCCUGUCUAAGGAGAACAGUUGAUAAGAUGCAUUGAGUCACAUGUUAUUUGUUGGUGACAUUAUUCAAAGGAUAAAAGUGGACGGAUCUGUUGAUGUGUUGACGUAUAAACAAAGAGCCACAUGUGUAAGUCGUGGGAAACCAGUCUGUAAGAGCCAGUUUGAACCAGUUUGAAGAUGGAUGACAGGACGCCUCCCACAAGUGAAGCCAAAGGGCCUUCAUCACCAACUGGUGGCUGGAUGCGGUAUAGGUCUCUAACCCGGCCUCCUCCAUGUUAGUUACCCGAGACUCAGGCUACAUCCACAUUAUUACAUUUUCUCAUCAGCUCUGGUUCUGAUUCGCUGGGGUCCUCAGAACAGCAGAGAUGUUUGGAAACUAUGACGCAGACUUUACGAAGCCUUCACUGAUUCGUCAGAUUCUCAUCACAUGACCCCUCCAGCAUCAGCAUCAGCUAAAGAAGGUUUAUUAAGAACUUUACUAUUGAGCUUUUAUUUGUAUUAUCCAGCAGUUGAUCCUCACAGCCGAGAGUUCUUCUGUUUCCUCGUCCUGAGGAUUCUUCUGUCUCCUGGUCCUGACAGACCUUUUACCUUCGAUGUGAUGAAGACAGUGAUGAAGAGUAGAAGUAACCCAACAUUAUACUGUAGCACUUCAGAGAAGGAACCUUCACUAUCUGAGGUUCCAUUGUAGAGAGACUCCUCCGCCUCACAGCUCAUUUCACUAAUAAAGAACUUUAUUAUGAAACACGUCUGAGGAAUGAACGAAACAGAUACUGUCUCCUAAUGCAAGACAAGUAGAGGAUCUAAUUCACCAGCUUCACAUCUUCAGGUGAAGAUUACGUGAUUGUUGAUAACUUUGAAGUGAAUACAUUUCAACAUUCAGUAUUUCAGGUAUUCACCAAUUUGCUUGUUUUUGUACGUCACAAAUCUUAUUGAAAUGUUUCGUUUGUUACUUUCCUCGUUGUACCUCUUCCCUUCUGAGGCACAACAUGGGUCAGAGAUGAUAAUACUCUUCUAUGUCAUCAGAAGACUCCUCUUCUUCUCAGUGAAAAAGGAUGAACAAGCUAUUGGAAAAGCACCCAGCCAUUCAUGAUACACGGGAAUGUGGAGCCCAGCUUCGUUACCCCUGAACCUCCCGGAGCCCGUCGACUGGAACCCGCUCCACCACGACACCAACCCCCGCAGGACGCUGCCCGGGUCUCCAUGGGAACGUGGCCGACGCACAGCCGCGAGCAGGGGGCGGAACCAGAGAGCAGCGGCCGCUCAUCGAGCGCCUUCUCCCGGUAAAGGCGCAGGAACCAGCCGAGAUGCCAUUUCACAACGGCAUCUACUACCCCUUCACAAGUGACACCCCGGGGACCCACUCAUCAGCGGGGAUCCAAUCCCUCCUGAGCUCCCCGCUCAGCCACUACUCUGCACCCGCAGCGGGGAUGACUCCUUCCAGCGGCACCGCCACCGUCCCCCCCUUCAAAUUCCGCCGUCGCGGGGAGACGGUGGACUGGCGGCGGAUCCACACGGUGGACAUCAACCUGGUGAUAAGCCAGCUGGACAUAGACGCUCUCCAGGAUCACAUUAACACAGUGACGUUCUGCAGCCUGGAUGGGGAGCGGUGCCAGCAGUGCCGGAGCCCUGUGGACCCGGGUCUGCUCAAGCUCCUGCAGCUGGCGCAGCUCUCCGUGGAGUGGCUGCUCCACUGCCAGGAAGUGCUCAGCCUCAACCUGCAUGCGGCGGAGGAGAGGCUGGAGGCGGCGCGCAAGGAGCACAAGCAGCUGCUGGAGCAGCAGAGCGAGCAGGAGGAGAAGGUGAAGGCUCUGAAAGAAGAGCUGGUGCAGAAGGGGAAGGUCGUGAGCGACCUGCAGUCCAAGCUGCUCCUCAGUAGCCAUAAGUGUCAAAUUUGUAAAAAAGGGUUCUUUACGCCACAAUUCCUCCAGAGUCACAUGCAACGCCGUCAUCCUGAGGACCACGAGAGCCAGCUACAGUCGGAGAGUGAAAAGAAAUCCCAGAUUGAAAUUCUCAAGAUGGAGAUCAGCGGCUUGAGGGAGCUGAACGUUCAUCUGCAGCAGAACCUGCAGCUCAAAACAGCUCAGGGGAAGGAGCAGCUGUCAAAACUCAACGACCUUGAGAGAGAGCGAGACCAUUUGAAAGCUGAGGAGAUGGCUCGCAUUGAAAGAAAAAUCGAAGACACCAGGGACGGCAUGCGUAGAGAGAUGGAAUCUAUGUACAACCGAAAUGUUCAGGCUGUCAAUGCAUUGAAUCAGAACCAGAUGUCCAAGCUUGAAACCUCAGCCGACUCUGCUCACUCACAGACACAAAUCAUCCAAAAGCUGGAGCAGCAGCUGAAGAAGCAGGAUAAAAUGUGGGAAUCAAUGCUGCAGAAAAACAAGGAACAACACAAGUCGGAAAAGAAUCAGCUGCUGGAGGAGCUGAGCAGAAUUCAGUCGGCUGUGUCCGGAGAGCAGGAGCGAAGCCAGCAGCUGCAGCAGGAGAUGGGACGGAAGCUGCAGGAGAAGCAGCAAACCAUCAAGGCUCAGAGGGAGCAGAUAAGAAAUAUUUCCUCAAAUACACCCAUCAAAAUAGUGGAAGUACCAGUGGUGGUCAGCGCACCAGCACCAGAGCCCAAACCAAAGAGGGUUGUUCUUGACUCAAGCAGCGCCUCUGAGAGGAGGCCUGAGCCGGUUCCAGAGAAGAAACCCAGUCUGAGCGUGACGGCCAAUGCUCUGAAGAAGAACCCCAGCAUCAAGAAGGAGAUGCGACGAGAGCUCGAGCAUGCCGCCACAAAGAACCUGGAGGACCUGGGAGUCAAGCCUAAUCAAAGCGGUGUGAAGAACAGGGAGUUUACUUCCAUCAUGGCCAAAGUGCAUUCAAAGCAGGACAAAGUUGCAAAGGGGAUGCCUGGAUACUGGCCCUGUCGGGAGGAGAUCACCCGCCGCUUGGACGAGAAGAUGAGCACGAGGAUGAUGAGAGGAGCUCCUCCAGAGACUCAGGCUCGAUCCAGACCCGCGGUUCAAGGCUCUGACACAGUGUCAGUGACUCUGGUGUCUGGACCUGCAGGCAGACAGUCCAAGACCCCCCAGCCAGCGCCAAGGGCCAGGAACACCACCCAACCCAAGACGUCUACGCCCAACAUCAAGGCUGCUCCGAGGACCUUCACACUCAUUUCCGAUGAGGACUCUGACGAGGAGGACACGGAGGAGAAACAGCCCCUGAAACACCAGAGGGCCAGAUCAGCACAGACCAGAAUGAACCAGGCGACCCCGGUCCACAUCAGAGCCGGCAAAACCAGUCCGGUCCAGACCAGGCAGACAUUCUCCUCCAGCACCCAGCAGCCGUGGGGGUCAAUGGGGGUGGUGACCAAGACGGCAGUGAAAAAGAUGGAGAGCGAUAAUGACGAUGAAGAUGAUGAUGAUGAUGAUGAUGAUAAGGAGGAGUGGUCUGAAGUCAGCGAGCUGCUGGAGAUCGACUCCAAACAGCUGCAGGGAUACAGAGACCAGAAUGGCAACGUGGAGAAGAGGAACUUCAAGAAAGAUAAGAAAAUCACUGUCCUAGCCAAAGAGGUGGAGCAGAAGUUUGCAGAGAGAACAGCAAAGAGACCAGCAGGGGGCGUCAGCAUUCUGAGAGGGAGGAGAGACGAGGUGCAGGAGCUGAUGUACACAGAUUUAGAGGAGAGCCAGGAUUGGUUGGUCUCCUCCUCAGAGGACGAACAGGAAGUGUCUAAACCAGCUCAGGGCUCUGGACCAAUGAGGAAGAGUCUGGACUCAUCCAGCACCAGCGUGUGGGGAACCUCCACAGGAAAGGCUCCCAGAUCAGCAGGUCUGACUGAAGCCGGGACAGGAAGCACCUUGAAGAGCAGCCUGUUCUCCCUCGGCGACUUCAGCGACCCUGAGGAAACGAGCAAUAAACCCAGUCGACACUACAGCUGAUCAGGUGACGCUCCACCCAGCGCCGACACAAAGACCUCAGUCGCCUCCUCUGACGUCUACAGCUGAUGCCAGAACAGCCAUAUUUUAUACUUCUGCUAAUAGAGACAUGAGCAAUACUUAAGAUUUUUCUACCAUCAUCUAGUAAAUAUAACAGUUUCAUAGAAUUUUCUUGUUUUAAGUCCCACUUCAUAUCCUGUGCCAAGUGUGUUCGCCUCACCCCUUUAAAUCCAUCCUGACUCCUCCCACACUCCGUGAGGUAGUGGAUGUGCUUUGUGUAAAAACAUGUGUACUUCAGAUUUUAUAUUGUUCCUGCUUGUGUGAAAUCAAGCAGUGAGUUGUAGUUUUGUAUUGAAAAUAUUUAUACCAGCAAUAAAAGACCCCCCAGGUUCUUGAAUUCA